AUGAAGAUUCUUCAGCAGAAAUGGGCGGAUCUGGUUGCGAAAGCCAAUCAGCUUGUACAGCAAAAUAUGACCAAACGUCCGACUCGAACAAAACCACGAGGGACUACUCUUCGAGACUUUGCGUUCCCUCAUGAAGAAACCAAUUUACGCAAACUGAUCGACAGCACCAUGCGUUUGUACAAUACGGAUUUGAUCGAUACGAAAAAAGUCAAGGAACAGACCAGUCCACCUAUAUACGCCAUGUGUGCGCAUCGAAUUUCGCUCCCCCUGGUGUUCAGCACUGCCUGUUCCGUUCGGUUGGACCGGUUGAGAGUGCUCUGUCUGACUCGAUGUGAUCUAUCUAAUGUGGACACGUUCCGCGCAAUCGAUCCGCUCCCCGGGCUGGAGUGGCUUAAUUUGAGUCACAACUCUUUGAGUUAUCUGGACUGCAGUGAACAUACAUUUCCACGACUGGUUCACCUAGACGUGUCGUUUAACUGUUUUGAACAAUUUGACCAUUUGGGUGGCCCAUAUCGUACACUGCAGCGGUUAGACAUGCGUUCCAAUCUGCUCACUUCGAUCGAUCGACUGGACCAACGAACGCGUAUGCCCCAGCUUCAGUUCGUGGAUUUGCGGGAUAACUUGUUCACCCGAUCCACAUCCAUCUGGCUCGCGAAUCACGCCUCGCACUGUGUCAGACAGAUCAGUCUGGGCGAGAAUCAGAUCACCCAGAUUGACUCGUCUCUCGUCGCGGCACACUUGUUCUCGCAUUUGGAUUUGAGCGGGAACUUGUUAGACACAGUAUGA